UCUAUUAAUUAGUACUAGACUUAAGCCACAAUGCCUCCACGGAUGUUGUGCGUUCUACAGAUGACCUCUGCUGUUACGUGUAUUGUCGGUCUGUACAACGCUGCACUGUUCAAACCUGCUGUCCAGAUCGACACCUACAUGACUGAUGAAGCCUAUAAGGCCGUAGACGGUAACAAUGACUCCAAUGCGUUUCACGGAUAUUGUCAAAUCACCCUCCAGCAUAAAGUGCCGUGGUGGAUGGUGGACUUGCGUGGUCAGUUCACCGUGGAGCAAGUCAGAAUAACAAACAGACAAGAUAAUUGGGUGUAUGGUAUGAGGCUACAGAAUUUUGAUAUUGAUGUAUUUGAACAAGAUCCUAGACAACUUCCAAACUUUCCUGACAUAUCUGGUCAUGUCUGCUACCACCAGACGUCUGCACCAGGGCUUGGAACGUUCACCUACAACUGUACAGCUCCCAUUGUUGGCAGAUACGUGCGUCUUGUAUUAAGGCUUCAAGUGGUUGAGUACCUAAACGUGUGUGAGAUCGAGGUUUUUGUGAGUAGUUCCAGCUCUGAAGAGAUUUACUUUAACAGAAAAGAGGACACUCAAAUGACAGGCGUGGUGCCAUCAGCCACUCUGACGUUCAGUCACGUAAAUUACUGCCUCCACGAAUGUCUGUCGCGUAGGUCAUCUUACUACUACUGUACGGCCUUCAACUGGGUCACACCAACAAGGUCGUGUCAACUGUUCAGUGUCAACACUUACAUACUCCAGACGGUCAAUCUGAUCGGCGCUCCUGGGACCCAUUUUUAUAGUCAAAACAAUUUAUUGCUAUAAAUAAAUAUUUCGGCUGUUAGAGACAUUAAUCAGUCAACAUUUUCAAAGACAAGAUUAUAAAGCCAACUUUAAAGGAAUUAAUCGCUGGGCUCAAUGGGUUAACAGACCGAAAUUUGAAAUAUUAUGCAUUAUCAAUGCGAGAAGCUGGGUCAAAUAUUAUUAUUUUUUUAACAAUACCUCUAAUCAAGUCAGAAUGUGGAGGGUGGAAUCUGGACGCUGAUCUCAAAAAACGGCUUUGACGAUUUCUCUAGAAAUUUAACAGUUGCUGUAUAUCGCUGAGCAAAGAAUUACUAGCUCGUGGGCCACACGGGAAAAACUCUAGUUUGUACCGUUAUCAUUUUACAAGAAAAAAAUUAAUUAAAUUUAAAUUUGGCUAGAGAACUAUAUCUAGGUCUAUAUCGAUCAUCGGUUUUGAAAGGACAAUCGCGUUCUGCAAAGGACUUUUGCGUUCGGAAAUUUCCAGAUGUAAGCCAUCAAUGAUUUAAAGGCUAAAUAAACUAAUGUUUAGAACAAAUUGCGUAUCGUCUUCUUAGUCUCUAGAUCAUUGGAAAACGUUUAGUAGAUCGAUACAGUCGCUUAACCGGGAUUCUUACUUGAGGAGGGGUAAGGUCACUGGGUUAAGAAUAUUCCUUUAUUUUACCUAACAUUCACUACUUAUUAAGAGACAAAAAGUCGUUCUAUAAGUUGUAUAAAGGAGGUAUUGUCCAUAUUUUAAAAGUAUUCUUAAUGUCUUUCUUGGUUUUAAAUAAUAUCAAGUUUUUUUACAUUUUUAAUCUACACCUACUACUAUAAUACUUCAGUAUGGAGUUUCAGUUAACUAGUGUCACAAAUCACAUAUAUAUUCCUAUAUUGCCCUGGGUGGUUGGGAAGGCAGUCUAGUGGGUUGGAUCGCUGGCGAACAUCCCCAAGCCCCAGAUCUGCAUUUUGACGACAGGAGCAUCUUACCAUUUAACAUUGGAGCGAUAGCAUACUCUCCAAGGAGACCUAACGUAUUUAAAUUUGUUAAUACGAAGUUUGUUCAACUAUUUAACACACCUACUUUAUAUGGGUCAUCAGAUCAAGGAAAACAAAAACAGUUAAUUACUUAGUCCAACACGGACUAUCUUCUUUAGGAAACAUUUUCCUACCGUAGCAACUCUCGAGACUAACUCUCUCAUCUCCGGACUCCACCCUAAUUAUUGACUGCAAGACACGUCAAAGACAAAGUUCAAGCUAGAUCAGGCAUGCCAAACUUAUUAAGGUGUAUUAAAACUUAAUAUGACCCGAGGGGCCGUAACCAAAAAUCAGUUGCAAAACAGCAUGCUAGGUUUAUGUCAAUUAAAAACAGUACAAUUGUCACGGAAUGAUGGCUGUAUGUGUAUUUAUAAGUGAUACAUAGAUCAGUUGGAACGUACUUUUGUAGACAAAUCAGCGUGUGAAAUGUGCCAUGAAACAUAAUAAAAUUUCUGUGUUUUGAUCGAGAUGUUAAGUCUUUUGUAAUUACAGCC